AUGUCGAUGACCAUAUCAGCGGACAAGAAAACGUCCCGCAGCAUGUCGUCGACGAACCUCUGCUUCACCGGCGAUCGCUCGAUCAGCAGUCAGAGAACUAUAAUCAUCAUCAACAGUCUGAGGCGUUUGUAUAAUGAACCCGACGUAGCGGAAAGUAUUAAUAUAUUUUGGCAACAGCUGGUUGGAACCAGUUUUUCUUUUUCGGCUUGUGGAUUGUGCACAAUCGACAGACAUAUAAUAACUUCGUAUUGUGGAGCAAUAGCGACUUACCUGGUCAUUUUAAUACAAUUCAAAGAAGCCGACGAUCAUGUCACAAUCUCUGGAAAAGCUGCUAUCUAAAAGCUGGGAGUUUCCAUAAACAUACAU